AUGCUGCUUUACCUUUUAUUUUUAUUUUUAGGGGCAAAUAAUUGUGAAGGAUUAUCAAGAAUAGAUCCUUUAGUUGAUACAAAUGUCGGCUUAAUACGAGGAAUCAGAGCUGUCGACGGCGAAUACUCCAUGUUCAUGGGAAUACCAUAUGGAAUUGUCGAUGUGAAUAAUCCAUUUGGGCCCGCAACUCCUCACCCGGGAUUCGACAACGUCUUCGAAGCUUUUGACGACUCCGCCAUAUGUCCACAAAUCGAAGAAUUCAAUAACACGAUAGUUGGAGCCCUUGAUUGCCUUCAUCUGAAUAUCUAUGUUCCGAAUUCAGCUACAUCACGAAAUCGUCUACCCGUGCUUGUUUGGAUCCACGGUGGUGGUUUUUCUGUAGGAUUUUCGGGAAGGUACCUUUAUGGACCGAAGUACUUAGUUCGACACGAUAUUAUUUUAGUAACUUUAAACUACCGCCUCGGCCCUUAUGGGUUUAUGUGUCUUAACACACCCGAGAUCUCGGGUAAUCAGGGUCUCAAAGAUCAGUACAUGGCCCUUAAAUGGAUAAAAAAUAAUAUAAACGCUUUUGGAGGGGACGCCAAUAGUAUAACUAUUUUCGGAGAAAGUGCUGGUGGCGCUUCAGUUGAUUUACAUGUCCAUUUUGACGAAGAAAGAUUGUUCGAUAAAGUUAUUAUGCAAAGUGGGACCUCCAGAGGCCCUUGGGUGAUACAAGAACCUGACUUGUCGGCUCCUAAGAAGAUUGCCAAUUAUUUAGGUUAUACAACCGACGACAUAAACGACGCCGUAUCAUUCCUAUCAACAGUCGAUACGAAAUUGAUCAUUGCAUCAGCAUCUGAAUUAAACUUAUCGUUUCGACCUUGUGUUGAACAAGACACUUCCGAAAGAUUGAUUAGUGAUUAUCCAAUAAACGUGGCACCUAAAAUGAAAAAUAUUCCGGUCCUUAUAGGCUACAAUGACCACGAAUGGUUAGCACAAUACCUGAACAAAGAUACUUCUUUUUACGAGGGAUUAAAUAAUAAGUUUUAUGAAUACCUUCAGUCUUUUUUUAACUUCGACGAUGAGCAACUUUCUGAAAUGGAAAAAAUUGUACGACAAUUUUACACUGGUGACGAAGCAAUUGACGAAGAAUCCAUGUGGCAUGUUGUUGAUUUUGACUCAGACAUAAUGUUCAACUAUCCUACAGAAAUUUCAAUAAAAGAGUAUAUUGACAACGGCGCCGAAACGGUAUUCUUUUACAUAUUUUCGUAUGUCGGAGAAAAAAACUUCGUUAAAGAUAGACUUAACAUAACCGUUGGUGGUGCCGUGCACGCUGACGAAAUUGGAUAUUUAUUUGACUUAUCUUACGACACUCAAAUACCUUCAGCGGAAGAUCAGCUUACGAUAGAUCGAAUCACUACAUUGUGGACGAAUUUUGUAAAAUACGGAAAUCCAACUCCAGAUACUUCGGAUUUACUUCCAGUUCAAUGGACACCAGUUACUAAAACAACAAGACCCUAUUUAAAUAUAAAUACGGACCUCGACAUACAGAAAAGACCUUUCCAUAAAAGAAUCGCCUUUUGGGAUAUGUUCUACAAAUUAAAUUAUGAGUUCCAAAAAGGCCUCCGAAAUGACAAACAGUAA